AAGCCUCGAUACGCGCUUUACAAAACCCAUCCUGUAUCACUCGACACACGCUUCGAAGCCUCGACCCGGGAGGACAGAUCACUAGAUAUCACCAUGUCGGUGGCGUUCGCACCUCACAGGCAGCGCGGAAAAGGCGACAUUACACCCGCGGGAAUUCAGAAGCUACUCGACGAGAACAACCAUCUGAUCCAGUGUAUAAUGGACUUCCAGAGUAAAGGCAAAACAGCAGAGUGUUCACAGUAUCAACAGAUGCUGCACAGAAAUCUAGUGUACCUCGCCACGAUAGCAGACUCCAAUCAAAACAUGCAGUCUCUCCUCCCUGCUCCACCCACUCAAAACAUGCCCAUGGGCCCUGGUGGGAUGAGCCAAAGUGGACCCCCCCCCCAGCCUCCUCACGGUCACACAAUGCCCUCUGAGGGUAUGGUCAGCGGUGGCCCUCCAGCCCCACACAUGCAGAGCCAGAUGAAUGGACAGAUGCCUGGGCCUAAUCACAUGCCCAUGCAAGGUCCAGGUCCUAACCAGCCCCCAAACAUGCCCAGUGGCUCUAUGAAUAUGCCCCCCAGCGGUCAUGGCUCGAUGGGUGGUUACAAUCACGCCGUCCCCUCCUCUCAGGGCAUACCAGCUCAGAGCCAAAUGAACAUGACCCAGGGCCAACCCAUGGCAAACUAUGGUCCACGGCCAAACAUGAACAUGCAGCCCAAUCAAGGCCCCAUGAUGCACCAGCAGCCUCCAUCCCAGCAGUAUAACAUGCCUCCUGGUGGUGGCGGACAGCACUACCAAGGACAACAGAACCCUAUGGGCAUGAUGGGUCAAGUCAACCAGGGGAAUCAUGUCAUGGGGCAGAGGCCGAUGCCACCCUACAGACCUCCUCAGCAAGGACCCCCUCAGCAGUACCCAGGGCAGGAAGACUACUAUGGGGACCAGUACAGUCACGCAGGACAGGGAGCCUCAGAAGGUAGGCGAACCCUCCGGUCACUUGGAGAAAACCAACAACAAACCCCUGAAGGUAAUGCCCAGUAUGGCCAACAACAGGAAGCAUAUCAGCAAGGCCCUCCCCAGCAGCAGGGCUACCCUCCUCAGCAGCAGUACCCAGGUCAGCAGGGCUACCCACCACAGCAGCAGGCUUACGGUCCCUCCCAAAGUGCCCCGGGGCAGUAUCCCAACUAUCCUCAGGGGCAGGGGCAGCAGUAUGGGGCCUAUCGCCCUCCUCAACCUGGACCCCCCCAGGGCCAGCAGCAGCGCCCUUACGGUUAUGACCAAAGCCAGUACGGAAACUACCAGCAAUGAGAGAAGGUCACAGCACCCCCCACAGCUCUGCUCUAAUCUCUGUCUGAGCUUUGACCUCCGGUCUAUCG